AUGGAUAAGAUCAGGAAGCUAGAAUUGGUAGGCCAAGUCUUUCUGAUACCAAUAUUACUCCAUAUGAAAUUGUCAUUGUUCAUCGUUGCCACUGCCGUCCUUUCUGCUAUUAGCGUGUCGGCUCUUCCCGCCCAACAAGCAGACAAAAGCAUCAAUGCUAACAUGAACAGCAAUAUGAAAGAUGCUCGCCCCGCUGGUGUUGAGAUGAAAAAGAGUGCAGCUGUUCCCAAGCUCGCUGGUGAUAAAGCCAAGUCUAAGCCAGCUGUUAUUGCUAAUAUGCCACAUGUUUCUGAGAAGGUCCAAGCUACAAACCGCAAGCUUGCUGAAUCAGUUAACAAGUCUAUGGCUACUCUUGAGGGCAUCAGCUCAGACAUGAACAAAUACUUGGAGGACCAUAUCACCGAUGCCAAGAACGUUGAGCGUACCAGCAUUCUUUUGAACGAGGUUCAAGCAAAUCCUUUUACCGUUCUCCUUGUCUUGAUCAACCUUAUCAGCAGAAUGGAAGACGACAUGAAGACAUCUAUUAUGGCACCACUCAUUCCAGGAUCUCAAACCCCACCAUCUAAAUUUGGCUUCACUUCAGCAGAAGUCGCCGCUUUUGAGGAUGCAAUCAAGAAGAUUAUCACUGAGGCUGAAGGUCUCGUAGGAGAGUACAAGGCUGUUCUCUCAGGAAAGCCCGUCACCCACAAGUUCUCUACUAUUACCUUCUUGAAUGAGGCAGAGGUCCAAAAGGCUGUCAAGUCUAAUGCUGCUACUGAACUCCCCAAAAUUGAUAUCGGUAAGCUUCCCGAUGCCGUCUGGCUGUCUUCCUGGGUUGAGAUGGUUUCUUCUGAAGCCAAGAAAAUUCUCAAAAACGUCGACGCCGCUGUCGCAGAUGCUCUAGUUGCCGAUACAAAGGUCAACGCUGAUGAGACCAAGGUCGAAGAGCCUUUACUUUCAGUCUCUGAUGCUGAUAUAGAUUCCUUCGAUGAAGUUCCCGCUGCUGAACCCACUCACAUCAGCAAGCGCGACAUGUUUGAUGAUAUGGUUUUCCCAGCUCCCGUUACAGCCCCUUUUGUCCACAAGGAGGAACACGUGGAAUCUCCAAAGUUCGCCAAGGUCAAUAAGAAGGCCAAGGCAUCACAUCAUAGCCACAUGCCCGCUAAGUCUACCACUUACAUGGCCGUUCCUUCUGAUGUUGCUGACUCCUUCUCAGAGUUUGAUGAAAGUGAUGUUCAGGGCCCUGCGCCAACAGGAUCAUUCUAA